AAAUCAGAGUUUUUAAAUUUUAUUCUUUUUCAGUUAUGACGUUCAGUAGAAAUGACUAUAAAUAGUAAGAAUCAUAUUUUUAAAAACAUUAUUAGUUAUUGCAAGAAGACAAAGUUCACGAGGUGCUGCUAUUUGCUCGAGCGCGCGAGUGGCGUUUCGUUAGUACAUUUUGAUCAUACGUUCAAGUGAAUUCAUGAAUAAUAUUUUGUUAUUAGCACAUUCGUAUCGCACAGAAAUUUUGUUACACCUUUAAGGACGACUCUGAAAACAUGUCUGAACAUAAUGAUGACACGGAAAAGGAAAAUAAACCUAAUGAGAAGCCGACACAUAGUUCAAGUUCAGACCAAGAAGAGAUAGAAGAUACCGACAUGGAGAUGAUACGUAAAUUUGUAGCACAAAAAUUAAAAAUUUUUGAUGAUAGUGAACACUCAGCUGACAGUGAACAUUCAGAUGAUAAUGAACAUUCACACCAAAAGGUGCUACGCGAAGUUAGCUUAGAAGGAAUAAUAGAAUAUAUUAAGGAAAAAGAAAACUGCAAAAUUGUUACUAUGGCUGGAGCUGGUAUCUCCACCUCUGCAGGAAUUCCUGACUUUCGUUCACCAUCAAGUGGACUCUAUCAUAAUUUAGAGAAAUAUAAUUUGCCUUAUCCUCAAGCUAUUUUUGAAGUGGAUUUUUUUACGGAAAAUCCAGAACCAUUUUUUACACUUGCACGGGAAUUGUUACCUGAUAGUUUUAAACCUACACCAUCGCAUUACUUUAUUCGUCUUUUGCACGAGAAGGGAUUACUUUUGCGACAUUAUACACAAAAUAUUGAUACUUUAGAGAGAAUGGCUGGUUUACCUCCUGAAAAAUUAGUAGAGGCUCAUGGAACAUUCGAUACUGGUAGAUGUCUCAAAUGUAAAGCUGUCUAUACUCUUCCAUGGAUGAAAGAGAAGAUUGUGGAAGGUCUUGUACCAAAAUGUGAAAAGUGCAAAGAGGGUGUGGUAAAACCUGAUAUAAUUUUCUUUGGAGAAAAGUUAUCUGAAAAAUUUUAUUUUCUUGCGGCUAAAGAUUUUCCACAAGCAGAUCUCUUAAUAAUUAUGGGAUCAAGUUUGGUUGUUGAACCUUUUGCAUCUUUGGUAGAUAGGGUUCGUUCAAAUUGUCCACGCUUACUGAUCAAUAAGGAAAAAGUGGGUAUGCGAGACCGUCUAUUACGACUUCUAGGACUGCGGGAAGGAUUGAACUUUAAUGCACGCAACGGUCGCGAUGUUGCUUGGUUAGGUGACUGCGAUACAGGUUGUCAAGUACUAGCAGAAAAAUUGGGUUGGGGAGAGGAACUAAAAGAUUUGAUAGAAAAAGAACGCGAACGUUUGGAAACGGAAAGUGCCAGCCAGAGUUCAUCGCAUUAAGGAUGAAAGCAUAACUUCCAACACAUAUUUUUUGAAAAUUAGUAAUUGCUAUUCAUAUUGCGAAUAUAUUUUGUUGAUGAUAAUAUCGAAGCAGUAUAAUAAUUAUUGCUCAAGAAUGUGUAAAUAGUUUAUUCCGUAAUAUAGCGUAUGGCGACGAUGUAAUUGCAGGACAAAUAUGAAUUUUGGCAGUUGAAUCAUGUGUACAAAUAAAACAGAGUAAAAUAUAAUAUAAUACAAAAAUUA